AUGACCCACCGCGGAUUCUCUACUGACACUGAUCUAAUCAACUCCAACUCAAAAUCCCAGCCUUCUCUCUUCACAACACCUGCCUACUCUUCACAUCACACUGGUCCUACCGCCAUGAGCUCACAUUCUUUUUAUGGCCAAUCUGUUUGGCCAUCAUCUACUACACAACACUAUCCACAUACUACUAUAGAGGAUCGUUCUCAUUCACUACAUCCUGAACAUCGGGAUUUUCAAAUGGAUUCUUCACAUGUGUCCUCCAACUCAACCUCCAUCGCGCCAAUUCAUCGUCGUUCUCUACACAAGUCACCCAUCCAACACGGUCAAAAUGCAAUACAUUAUAUCGACUCGGACCAUCAUCGCACUAAAAAAUACCGUCAGUUUCAAAAUCCUACAUUGUUUUCAUCUUCUGCACCUUCCUCUGCCAUUAAAUUUCGAGCACUCCAACCAGAUCCUCAUCAUUCUAAACCCGACAUCUCACUCGACACACCAUCUGUAUCACAUUUGUCUAAAAAUACUUUGUCUGCUAACGAGUCUAGCAUUCGUCAUUCUGAUGCUAGCAAAAAUACUGAUCCGUCUAAUACUUUGAGUGCUAUCAGCAAUGUAAACCAAACAAAUACUCCUUUAGUCGACAAACAUCCAGUCUUGGAAACACAUACUACAGAUGAAUUAAAAGAGCUUGAUCAGCCCAGUAAAAGUCCUGAUAUUCUUCGGCGAUCAAUGCGACUGCAAACUCGAGAUACCUCCUUGUCAAAUCGAUCAUCCUAUGCUGAUGCUUCUGAUAGCGAUUCCAGUAUUAUUAUCUCGGAAGAGGAAAAAUUGCAAAGAGAAAUUAUGGCCCAAUCAAAAUUAUCUGGUCAUUCUUCUCCCAGCACUUCUGAACUUAACCUGUCCCCAAAACCUGCUUUGGUCACUAAAAAAACCAAACAUUCGAACCAAGAUGGUAUAGAAAAUGGCUCUGUUGUUUCAACCCGAUCCAGUCCAUCCAGAGCCCAUUUAACGCGAUCACCAAGUAACAGCAAUGCCAUCAAAUCCACUCAUGGGUUUAAAAAACUUGGUCUUGUAUCACACGGAAAUGAUACCAAGAUUAAUAAUAAGCGAGAGUUUAAACAAGGUGAUGCUUUUACUUUAACCAACAGCAGUGCAUCCGCUAUUACAACAGAAAGUCAUCGCUCCAAGAGGGCAGUUCAGGCACGAGCAUCAUCUAGUGCAAAACAUUCCAAGCCUGUCUUUCAAUAUACACUACAAGGUGGUGCAUCAGAUGAGACAACUCCAUCUACGCAAUCUGAUAGAAAUGGUGCCAUUUUGGAACAUACCAAAAAAGUUCAAACCGUGUCGGCACCUAUUAUACAGCGUGGCUCUGCCAGUCGUAGUGACAAAUCGGUUGCUUUUUACAAUGAUAAAUCCCUUUCUUUUCGAUCUCUUGGAAUGUGGGUCAAGCAUGGUGAUGUAGUCAAUACAUUUGACAAGCAUUUGAGUGCGUAUACGUUUUCUCAUGGGUUUCAUUUAGGCGAUCUGGGGUGGAUUGCUUGUAAAUCAACUCAACUGGAAACUUCCAUGUGGCCAUGUAUCGUGCUACGCAAAUAUCGUGUUGGGAAAUCUAAAACCUUUGAAUCCAUUACGAAAAAGGAUUCUCGUAAUGCCAACAACAGACAGGACGCACAGCAAAACCACUUCAUCGACUAUAGGAAUUCUCAUGGUCGUUCACUUGAGACUUUACAUCCAUCAGCUUACAAUUACUCUUCCAGUUUACAUUUCAAUUCAAAUGAACUCGACUCUAGCACACACUCUAUACGUCCGACUGAAACAAGUCCAAACCCUUGCAAGACUAGACCCAACUCUGCUUCUGCUAUCGACAAUCAUUUUUUUAAAGAAUUUCACCAUUCCAUUGAUCAACAAAAAAAUGGUCACACCCUUGACUCUUUGACUGAGAAAUCCAGAUCCAGAUCCAAGUCUUUGGUUAUACAGGGAAAUGUAGGGGUUAAAAAUAUGCAGUCUACCCAUGCCACAUCAUCCGUUUUAAAUGAUGGACGUUUUAAAAAUCCACAAGCUGAACUUACAGUGGAUUGCCAUGACUUGCAUGCACGUUCCAAUCGACUGAUGGAUGAUGGCUCUUUUAUCGGAUCUCCAUCUAGGCUAUUACCCCACACUACACCCCAUCGCAAAUUGAAUUCAGUACAGUCGACAAAUAACUUGUCGUUUUUGGAACAGUUUAAAUUAUUCCGCAAGCCUGGUGGAAACAGAUUUAAAUAUCUUGUACGGGUUUUUCCUAUCAAACAUCUGGCAUUGUCUAAACAAAAUGGAGCUCAUAUCGACAAGAGCGUGUCUAGUCCUGAACUAUCCACCAUGUCGGAUGUGAUGGUUAAUGAUGAUCAGUUGCUGCCUUAUCUCAUGUACGAAAAAGGAGUGUCAUCUAAUAUUCUCUCAAACAGUGCUGUGGUUUCAGCAAUUCAGCUUGCCAGUUCGUGGGCAGUUCCUGGAGUGUCUGAGGAUUCGUUUGAAAUGGAAAAAGAAACGGAUGACGAGGAAGAUGCUGCUGAUCAAGAUAUAAUUGAGCAGUAUAACCAAUCUCGUAGUUAUGACAACACGGAUCGGAUUGAUAAACAGCGUAGAAAAAACGCUGUAUUAGUUGAACACAUUGCUGCUCCACCCUCUUCAAGUCGAUCGUUUUGUUCGCGGAUGAAUAUCAAGUUGCCUCGUUCAUGGACUACUACGCCUACUAUGAUACAUGCGCAUUCUGAGCCUGAUACGCUUCAUGACUUGAAUCCAUACUCUCAUCUUCAAGAUCACGAUAGUUUGCCUAGAUUACAUCAUCCUUCUAGUCAUGAUACAUCACCCAAUACUAUGGUACUUGGUGAGAGUUUGUCGCAAAAAACAGGUCGUUUACGUCUUGCUCCACCUGUUCGACGAGGAGACUAUCACCAUGCAUAUCAUCCAUACAACACGAGUCACACACCAGUAGAGCGACAACGUAAUCGACAUUAUUUUCAGCCCACAGUAUCUUCUAGUACCAAGACAUCACAUGUACAGCCAUUGACACCAACCGUCCACUCGACGUUACCCAAGCAUGCAUUUGGACAUUGGGUAUCACCAACAUACAAUAAAAGGUCGCUUGCUUAUGUAGCUCAAGAUUUGGAUUCAAGACACACACAACUUGACUAUAACUCAUCCCGACACCAUCCGUUGCCGACGGUCAGAAAUGAUCCUUUACGUCCAAGUUCAGGAGAUGGGGAUUCCAUAUCAGGAGUUCAAGAACUAUUCAUACGAUCGGGUCUUUCUGGACAUAACUGUAAAGAAAAACUAAUGCGACCUGUACCAGUUACUAGAAUGAUAACACGAUUCCGAUUGGGAGCCGAGUACAUCCAUGUAGGAGAUGUUGUGCGACUUGCGUUGCCUACAAGCAAGCAAUCCCGAAGCAAAACGCACUAUACCAAUUAUUUUGGAACCGGAGGAACCUCUACACACAAGUCGACAUACUCGACAUCAGAACGGUUUUUAGUAGUGCAUCGUAUCAUUAGCAUUGAAGAGGAACGACCCACGCGUGGUGAGUAUGUCAACAUGGGAUUAGAUCGAGCUUACAAUGAUGUAUGUGGACCGAUCCAUAGUGAUGGUACAGUACAACGAAACCGAAUUCGACGUACGUUGGAACUGGAGAUGAACGAGUGUCGUAAGAUACUAGAAAGUAGAGAGUUGUAUGUGCAUGGACCUUUUUGGCGAUCAGCUGCGGACGGACUUGGUAUGGAUUUAAUUGAUCCUGUCCGACAAGACAAUCUAUCCAAUGUUAAACUAUGUGGACUACUGUAUACGAUUGAACCUGAGCAAACUGAAGCGACUGAAUUGGAUAAAGUACGAACAUGUUGGAACGAAGCUGAUGGAUUAGCGUGUUCCAGUUCUCAUGGGAUGAACAGUGAACUUGAAAAGCGAGAAUGGCGAUGUAGCCAAGUAGUUGUUACAGUAGAUAAAAAUGAGGUAGCAGGACGUUUCCACUGGCAAUUUGGAAGUAGUGAAUGUGUAUAUAGACCCAUUCCAGUAGUUGAAAAGGCUAGAUGGUAA